AUGUUUAUAACGGUACGGUACGGAGAAAACAAGUCUGAAAUCUUCAACCCCAAAUGUCGAGUACUGCUUCUGCUCAAGGCCAUUAGGGACAAAUGUGGUUGUGAGCAUGGAGACACGAUUGAUCUUGCCGAUGAGACGGGAGAGGUGAUGGAGCUGGCCAACCACCCCGGGGACUACGCCUCCAACUACCUGCACGAGCGCGCCACUUUCAUCCUCAUUAAAGUAGAAAAAGAGUGUGAAGGGAGUGAGGAGGAUGUACGUUACCUGCCGCUGUUUAAGGGCACCGGCUUGAGCAAGACGUUUCUCGCACGGUUAAACAGGCGCAGAAGCCGGAUCUCCGACUUGGUUGACAUGGUUAGUGAACGGCGGACCAGCCACAGCAGCCGCCUUCUCUCCAGGACUUCCAGUAGACGACUGUCCGUACCCGUCAUCAAGUCAACACCCAAGUCACCUAACAAGGGCGCCUCCUCGCGGACAGGAGGCGUCCCUACAGCCCCGGUGAAACGGGAUUUGGUCACAGGACUGAAGAAAAGUUCUUAACAGGCGUAGCUUGUUGGGAAAAGGCCGAAUUUGUCGUUUUAUUUCUACCCCGGUAGAUACGAACGCACUCACCUUCUGUGGUAGAAUUCUUGCCUCUGCUUUAAAAGCAGUCUAGAUGUACUUCAACAUGUUAAUGUGCAGUAGUAAGUUUCAAUA